UUAUAUAUUCCUUUUAUUUUGCUAGUCUGUGUUUCCAUUUUAAUUUUGUCCUGGUUGCUAAUAAGAAAAUUGUAUUUUAAUUUUGUGAAAGAAAGUAUACAUUGUCUUUCCUGGAUAUACCAUAAUUUUUCUAUUUUCUUAAUGAUUAUUUUUCAAAUUUUUUAUUCAGUAUUAUCCACAUGAUGUCAUUUAUAAAACAACAUUUAUUAAAUUAUUAUUAUUACAGAAUACUCUAAAAAAAUGUGCUGUUUUUUCUUUUCUUAAUGUGAUAUCCUGAAGAAAAAAAAGAUAGUGACAACUGGUCUCCCCUCUAGUCUUUAGGGUCAAAGGUCAAAGUCUUAUUCCUGCAAACUUGUCCAAAAUAAGCCUAAGCAAUAGGGAAAGUUUAAAAUAUUUCUCUCUUCUCCUUAUUCCUACAGAUACAUUGAACAAGCACAAGGAUAAGUAGAGGAGAGAACUCCAUCAAACAGAAUGUCAGAUACGCCUUUAGACUCGAAUACUCAAAACAUGGAAGGGGCAGGUGUUAAGAAUGACGCUGGUGAGGCGGAUACGGCGGUGGAAACUGUCGGAGGAACUGGUGACGAAGGGGGACGUGGAGGGACAAUUCCUGGCGAGAUAGGUGAUGAUAGGCGUACGGAGGAUGUGGAAGAGAAAGAAGACGAAGAAGAAGAAGAAGAGGGCAAAGAGGACGGGUCAAAGGUGGCUGAAGAGUUCUACGAAGUUGAAGCUAUCCGUCAUAAGCGAGUUCACAAAGGUGAGGUGCAGUAUCUGAUCAAAUGGAAAGGAUGGCCUGAAACUGAUAACACCUGGGAGCCUCUAGAGAAUCUGCAGUCUCUUUCUGCUUCUAUAGAUGCAUUUGAAAAACGGUAUAUAUGUUGCAUCUAA